AUGCCCCGUUUACCACCCCCAAAUAAUUACACGUCUCCUCCUACAAGAGCCACCACCACCUCACCCACCAACUCCUUUUUAGCUCACGUACCCUCAGACCCUAGUACAUCCCAUCCAACCAAACGCCCCCCAUAUAUAUUCCCCCAACUUUCGCAGAAACCUAACCAUGCGCCAUGGUGUGCAUUACACCCCAUCCUCUAUUACUCCUUCCAGUUCCCAUCCGACCCCGUAGGCUGUUUGUCUGUUGAUCAAUGCGAGAUUACCACCAACAAAAUGCUUGUGUCUGUGCUUCUUGCCCUUUUUCUACCAUGCGCCGGAAUGGGCUUGGUGUUCCUCGUCUACAUAUGCAUAUUAUGGUACGCUGCAAGAAACUACAACAUCUCGGAUUUUCGGUUGCCGGAGAAUCCUGCAAAAGAAAAAGGCCUAUCGACGUCUGAACUUGAGAAACUGCCCAAAAUGACCGGAAAAGAUUUGGUUAUGUUUACGGAGUGUGCGGUGUGUUUGGACGAGAUCGAGAGCGACCAGCCAACAAGACUUAUUCCCAGUUGCAACCACGGCUAUCAUCUACAAUGCGCCGAUACAUGGCUCUCUAAGAAUCCGGUUUGUCCUGUUUGUAGGGUCAAGCUCGACCCUCAGCUCUUCGAUUCACCUGAAAGCAAUCCCUGCUAA